AGAUGUAAGCGCUUGUAACCGAUAAGCGUAGAGGAAGAAUCCAAGCCGAAAGGUUAGGAAGUAUAGGAAGGGUUUGUUUGUAAGUAGCUGUAACUAUGGAAACGGCAUCUAGGCAUCUGUAGGUAACAAACGCUAACAUUACGAAUAGCAAAGCUUUGCUUGGCGUAGCUCAUUUAGUAAUUAUGCUUAAGAUUUGAAGGUGGAUAUUAGCCGCUUAGCUAUCUAUUUAAUGAUGGACCAGUACAGUAUUUUGGGGAGGAUUGGAGAAGGAGCCCAUGGAAUUGUUUUUAAAGCGAAGCACAUCGAGACAGGAGAGACUGUAGCCCUGAAGAAAGUGGCCCUUCGAAAGCUUGAAGAUGGAAUCCCUAACCAGGCUCUCCGUGAGAUCAAGGCUUUGCAAGAAAUUGAAGACAACCAAUAUGUGGUCAAGCUGAAAAAUGUGUUCCCUCACGGCACAGGCUUUGUCUUAGUAUUUGAGUACAUGCUGUCAGACCUUUCUGAGGUCAUACGUAACUCCCAGCAACCCCUCACUGAGUCCCAGGUCAAAGGUUAUAUGCUGAUGCUUCUGAAGGGGGUGGCUUUUUGCCAUGAAAAUUCUAUCAUGCACCGGGAUCUGAAACCAGCUAACCUUCUCAUCAGUUCCACUGGCCACCUCAAGAUUGCAGACUUUGGCCUAGCCAGACUCUUCUCCAAUGACAGCGAGCGGCUCUACAGUCACCAGGUGGCCACCAGAUGGUACCGAGCACCGGAGCUCCUCUACGGUGCCCGGAAGUACGAUGAGGGUGUGGAUCUCUGGGCAGUGGGCUGCAUUUUUGGCGAGCUGCUGAAUAACUCCCCUUUGUUCCCUGGUGAGAAUGACAUCGAGCAGCUCUGUUGUGUACUGAGGGUUCUUGGAACGCCCAACCAACAUGUCUGGCCGGAGAUUACAGAGCUGCCAGAUUACAACAAGAUCACCUUCAAAGAAAACCCUCCCAUUCCACUGGAGGAGAUUGUGCCUGACACUUCGGCUCAGGCUGUGGACCUGCUUAAGAAGUUUUUGGUCUAUCCCUCCAAACAGCGCAUCAGAGCGAGCCAGGCUCUCCUCCACCCUUACUUCUUCACAGAUCCAUUGCCUGCCCACCACUCUGAGCUUCCUAUUCCUCAGCAUGGGGGGAAUCGCUGUCGCCAGCGCCUGCAGCCCCCCCAUGAGUUUUCUGUGGACCGGCCUCUUCAUGAGAGUUUGAUAGAUCCUGGACUCCUCCAAGGUCAUGCAUGGGGGUAUUUCUGACCCCUCCCACCCACCAGUAUUUAUUUCUAAAUUUAUUAUUAUUAUUGUUGUUGUUAUUUACAUUUUAAUAUAUAGAUAGAAGUGAUUGCCUACUAAGAUUUCCCUUCACAUUUUACUGACAGCAAUUUUAUUUCAAACAAGAUAUUUAUUGGAUGUAUGCUUAUUUUUUCAUGUUUCAAACUCGGGUGACUUAUGUUCUUAUUUAUCAGUGAUCCACCUCGGUUGUAGAAUGUCCGACCGUCAUCAGUGUGUCACCAGUAAAAUCACUAAUAAAAAAGAACCAUUCAAGUUCAGAUGGCGAUUAAUAUGUAUGUGAUCUUAUUGCAUAUUUGACAGAACGAUGGCUGUAAUCACCAGAGAAGUUUGAGCGUGGUGUUUCAGAGACUCUUUCGGAACAUUCUUAUUUCAGGUUCCCCACAGACACGACUGUAGAAGCUUGGCACUGUCUCUUGUUUUGAAUGUGCUGGCACUCUCCACACUACAGUGGAUCAGUGACAGUGGUCACUUUUUUUUUUUUUUCUUUACUCUUAAAUGGCUUAGUGAUCACUCCACUGUAAUUACUCUAACUAUGUCAAGGCUGUCUAUGAAUCAUCCACUGAAAAGACUGGUGGAGCAUUCAGGAAUGGGGAUGUCCAGGAAAAGGUUCCAUUGAUAUCUGGCUAGAGCAAUAUCUGACUGCUCUACCAUGGGUGUCAGAGGAUUGUUGAUUCAGAGGGGCAUUAUUUUCCAUCCCCAUAAACCCAGAGCUUUCUGGGACCUUUUCUACCUUGAUGAAAGGGCAGUUUCUUGUCUUCACAGUAUUACCACACAUAGAGAUAGCAGUCUAGCCUGUGAGCAUGGCUCAAUGCUAGGGGAGGUUUGAGUGUGUCGUGAUGUUUUCAGACCUGAGAGACUAAACCAUUUUCCUUUUUUUGGUCAGUGGGAUGACUUAGGGCUGCGUCUGUCUGUGUGUGGCUGUUAAGGGUGUGGAAGCAAAGACCGUUACAACAGAAUUCCCCCCCCACACACUCUGUCCUGUUAUUGCUAAUGAAUGUUUACUGAAGUUCAAAGGGUUUUUCUUUGCAGCACUUAACUGUUGGGGGGGGGGGUUACAGUUUUGAGGUCCAUCAUAGAUCCUUAAUUUUGAACUUGCAUAGAGAUAAAACUGGCGAUGACUCCAGGGAGCACAGAGGUAACACUCUUACAAGAGCUGGGAUUUGGAACCUGGCUGUUAGGGUCCAAAUCAACAUAUCAGGAUCUGGAGUUCAUGGCGACAGAUUAAUGUUGUGAAAUUUUUCAUAAAUUUUGUAUGCAUAUCCAAAAAGAUAAGUGUUGGAAUGUAUGCCAAAAUAUCCAUUAUGACACAGUAUUAAAACUUUAGGUUCUAA